UGGAGUUAGCCUCCUGGCUCCAUGCAGACAGUAACAGCAGUGACAGCAUGGCUUACAGUGCGAAAAUCGGUCCGUCCAUCCUGAGCAGCGACCUGUCCUGUCUGGGCAGCGAGUGUGUGCGGAUGAUGGAGUGCGGGGCAGAUUACCUGCACCUCGACGUCAUGGACGGGCACUUUGUCCCCAAUAUCACAUUUGGCCAUCCCAUGGUGGAGUGUCUAAGGAAGUCAGUAGGCCAAGACCCUUUCUUUGACAUGCAUAUGAUGGUGUCUCGGCCGGAGCAAUGGGUGAAGCCCAUGGCUGCAGCAGGAGCCAACCAGUACACAUUCCACUUGGAGGCCACUACCAACCCUGGAAACCUGAUCAAGGAAAUAAAAGAGAGUGGCAUGAAGGUGGGUUUGGCCAUAAAGCCUGGUACAACAGUUGAAGAGCUGGCACCUUGGGCUAACCACAUCGACAUGGCUCUGGUCAUGACUGUGGAACCUGGCUUUGGAGGACAGAAGUUCAUGGAGGACAUGAUGCCCAAGGUGAGCUGGCUGCGGAGUCAGUUCCCUUCGUUAGACAUUGAAGUAGAUGGAGGGGUUGGCCCCGACAGCAUUCACAAGUGUGCAGAGGCUGGAGCCAACAUGAUAGUGUCAGGCAGCGCUGUGAUAGGCAGCGACGACCCUCGUUCUGUCAUCGGUCUUCUGCGCACCGUGGUGGCCGAAGCAAUCCAGAAACGCUCGCUGGACCGCUGAGAUGUCCUCUUUGUGGAGAUCCCCACGGCAGCACUCUACCAGCCUGUCCAAGCACCACACCACAGCAGCCAGUGGAACAGGCUCAAUACGGACAUUUCUGGGGUAGAGGUCGGGGGUCACAGUCAGAGCAGUGGGCUUCUGUGGAGGUGUGGGUGCAGAUUGCCAAAUCUAAAACACUUUAAUAUGAGUGAAGCUGCAUUGUGCCUCUACAAACUGUUUGAAGUUCAUCCUGUCCUGCUACAGUCUCUCCUCUCUGAACAGUUUAGUCAAAGUGAGUGUCAUCAUUUCGAGACUGGAAUCUGAAGUUAUGCUGAUUUCUCAUCUGUAAACAUUCCUGAAUAUUGUUUUGCCUUAUACUGUAAAUUGUGAGUAUAAAUUAAUCAUGGCAAUAACAUGGCACAAGGAGCACUGUGGCAAAUCAUUUUUUGAAUUCCAUCUGAAAUCAUGUUUCUUACAUCAUAACUGUUUUUGCCCUUUCACUGUUUUGUUGAAAUGGACCAUUCCCAAAAAUCUUCCUGUGCUACUGAGCAAAAAUAUUGUACACUACUAAAUUCAAUGAGAUUUUGUUUUUGCAGAUUAAAGAAACUCAUAGGAAGUGAUGUGUAUAUUA